CGAGGGCAGUUUGUACCGGACGAUAGGAGUACAUUAUGGUGAAUCACACUGCUAGUAAGAAUUAAGUGUGAACAGGGACAGAACACCCAUUUUUUCUUGCCCCAAGUUACACCAUCACCCUCAUGGGAUCACUGUGUUAAGCAAACAGACAGAAAAGAAAAACAAACUUUACUUGAAAAAUGGGCGAGGACAUUCUACCUACCGUUGACUAUCCACCUAUGAUUCGGGGGAGCUUGAGAUUGAUGCUCCAAGUGAAAGAUGCUUUCCUUGGCAGUUUCAAUUUGGUGGAAGAAUACCGAGAUCAGCUUUUGGCUUGUAAACACGGAUUUACACGUGACCUAGUUGAGUAUCAAUUAACGAAAGGUUUAGCUGGUAUUACGCGCUUGCGUGAGGAUUUGGCCAGUGUUGAAACUGAAGCACAAGGCCGAUUAAAGAGAAAUGUCGCACUGAGGGAAUACUUACUUCAGCGUUAUGGCAUGCCCUCACCUGGUAGUGCGACAACUGGAAUAGUCAACCGCAUCGGUGUGGAGCCGGAUGGUGAUCCUAAUCGAUCAGGUACGGGGACGGCGGUAAUUGGUCCUUCAUUACCACCACCAAUCAAUGCGCCAGAUUCCGUAGAACAGGCAUUACAUGGAGGGCUUACUCACCACAAAUUCAACGUUGACGUAGAUAACCUGGAUAUACCGCCUGAGGUUGACCUAGCAACAGCAACCACGGAUAGUGGGACUCACUUGCUACCUGUUGUGGACUUUUAUCGCGGAUUCUUUUUCCUACAAAUGCAUUUUCAGUUGAUAAUGUGUCAAGCAGCCAACUAUGCGAUGCCCGUAGUUACUCGGCCAAUGAGCUUGUCGGAAAGAACGUUCUCCUGGCCAACAAUGCCAAGCUUUGGCCUGGCAGCAACCAGUGGAUCGAUGAAAGAUCGUUUGUUGGAAAUCCACACGGAUGUGACUGUGCUCGCCAAACGAUUACAAGAAUGCCUACGUCUGGUUCGGGAAAAGAUGGCUCAAGACCAGAAGAUUGAGUCGUACUUUAUGCAGCACACAAACGCCCAGGAAGCACUUCGGAGAAAUUUGCUGCGGGGUCUCCAGGCACAACGUGUCUAUAUUGAGCUUUUGGAAGGUCAGAAUGACCGUCUUGCAGGAUUGGCAAUCAAGCUCGACCCCAAUUUUGCCAAAUCGCCGGAUUUCGCGAUCAUGACUGGAUCGGGUUUGGUGUUUCAGGAUACAUCUAACAAUCCACAAAAAUUAACCGCGAACCAGAACAGUGCAACGACCGCCACAGGACGAGCAAGCAAGAAAAGGGAUGGUAGAAAGCCGGAUGAUGAUAGCAAUGCGCAAGGAGGUUGGCGAAAUAGCAAAGGUGGUGGCUUCCGGGGUGGAGUUGAUCAAAACUCAAACUAUAAGUAUUAUCCACAAAGGCCGGGGAACACUGGUACGCGAAGAUCAAACGGUUUUGUAACUGAUAAAAGGUCCUCUGAGGUGAAAGGCACCGAGGAAUACGGUGAAAGCAGAGACACCGCAACUAACAGCGACGUAGAUGUUCAAGAAUCUGAAAUGAAUAUGUCUGCCAGUGGAGGCGGACACCCACCUGUUUGGGUGAAGCAUGGGAAAACGGAUCCACGUGGCCAUGGAAAUGACUUCCAAAAACCGGUCAACGUAGACGUUGAGUUUACUGGGAAACUUGAUCAGCUUCGAGGACACUCACAAGCUGUCGAACAACUUCUAAUUGGUGUUGAUUCCACUGUUCAUGGCAGACGAACCAGAGGUUAUGACCAGUAUCCAACACCUUCAUUUCUAAACACAGACCAUCAUGUCCCCUCCAUUCUUGAUGACGUUCUUGGACAGGCAUCCCAAGAUCCAACAGCUCAAAAGUCUGCCAACCCUUCCAAAGCACCGUCUAGAACCAGCAAAACUCCCAAUCUAUGCACACCAAGUACACGAUACAGUUUUGUGGAACCACUUAGUCCUGCAGCAUCCGUUGAGCAACCAAUUAUCACAGUUUUGAGCCCGACUUCGGAGAGGACCACUAGAAACACGGAAACCUCUCUGACGAGAGGAAAACAAUCAGAACUCCAAAGGGAACAGAGCGAUGAGGUAGGUCUGUCGGAUGAUACAAUGAGUCGGGUAACACCGAGUGCUAAGUACUUUAGUCCUCGAGGUCGAGAGUUGGUUUAUGGCGCUCCAGAUCAGCUGGACACCAAUGUGAACGCGAGCCAUGUAGCCGUGCCAAGAAUGGUGACACAAGAAAACCGAAUGAGGCCACGACUGUCUCGGGCAACACGUUCAUCUUCAGCGUCUGUGGGAAGUGCAUCUCAGCCGAGCCAAAUUCAGGACAGAAAAGCCUGUUACCGUCAUGAAGCGGAAACCGAAUUUCACGAUUCCACUGACACAUUUUCUGAAACGGAUAUAUCUGUACAAAACGUGAGUGUCGAAGGCAAACUCCGACAGGCUAAUGAAUGCCAGCUCAGACAAGUGCCAACUGUCGGGUCGACUGAGUGUGGACAGCUGUGUAUUCCCGAGUGGAUAGCGCGUCGUGGCAGUGGUAAAGUUCACAAAGCUGAGGACCUGCUCGCGGAGCCUAAACGGUCGGCUUUCAAUAAGGCGGUGAUGGCACAUCGCUGCCGUCUUGUAGAGACCAUUCUGCAAGCUGAUGAGGAGCGCUUAGAAGAACUGAUUUCAGUACUUUUGAGGGACUAAUGACAUUCCUGGAAAUGCGUACUUUCCGAACCUACAAUCGUUUGACGCAUCCACAAAAAUUUGAAAAUCAACUGGGUUGCAGACAUUAAUCAGUCGAUAUCGCCCUAUCCGUUUUACCGAGUUCAAUUAGUAAAACUCGAAAUCGUUAGUGCUCAGUUACUGGCUUCCGGGUAGGGGACGACCAUCAUGGAGCCGGACCGAGUAAAAGACCCCUUAAAUCUUUAUUUGACUUAUGUGCACUUAUCGUAACCGCACAUGAACAACGCAGUUUCUGUGCGCAUUAAAUCUACCGAUUCGUGUAUUCACCUGCUUCUUCUUACAUUUCGGUCGAAAGUUGUAGUUGUCCGACUAGACUUUAU